CACGAUUAACCGUCACGACGCAGCAACGUCACCAGACGUAACCGGAAGCGUUGUGCUGCUAACAGUCAGCUGAUAGAGCAACAACAACGUCGACCACACCGCCGACGGUCAAAGAUGGCCUACCCUAAAUCCCACAACCCGUUUGCAGAUGAUGAUGAUGAGGAAGAUUUUAAGCCUAAAAGUAGGGGGUUUGAUGACGAUGACGGGUUUGAUAGUGGGAUGAGUGAAGCGGAGAAGAGGCAGAGGUACCUCCAGCAAGAAGUGAUGCGUACAGCUCAGUCUGCUGUGGACAGCAGUCACCGUUCCCUCGGCCUCAUCUAUGAAUCCGAGAAGAUGGGGGUGGAAACUGCAGAGGAGCUGGUGCGACAGGGUGAGGUCCUGAAGAGGACAGACAAGAUGUUGGACAACAUGGAUCAGGACCUUAAGACCAGCCAGAAGCACAUUACCAGUAUCAAGAGUGUGUGGGGCGGCCUUGUCAAUUACUUCAAGGGCAAACCAGAGACAAAGCCACCACCUGAGCAGCCAAAGGCCUACCAGGCCACCGACAGAUUACAGACCGCCUUGUCCAGCAGCAAAGAACAUGAAGAUAAGUACCAAGCCAGCCACCCCAACCUAAGAAAGUUGGAUACAGGAGGAUUUGGAGCUGCUGCAUCAGUAGAUGACAGCUCAUCGAGACAGAAUGGAUACCCUCAGAACAAACACCUCAGGGAGGCUCACCAGACCCUCGACAAUAAUUUAGAUGAGAUGUGCGAUGGUUUGAGCAGACUGAAGAACCUUGGUCUUGGUCUCCAGUCUGAGAUUGACAACCAGGACGUCUCCCUUGAUUCUCUGCUGAAUAAAGUGGACAAGAUGGAUCUCAAGAUCCACAACACAAACCAACAGAUUAAAAACCUCAAAUAAAACAAACACUUGAACUCACCUUACAGAGACAAAAGACAGCAACAGGUCAUCCUCCUACUCGACUCUCAACCUUGGCCUCUGUUCAAUGAACUAUGUGUUCUUUUUGUUUAUUGUUUUUAUGGAUUGGAACUCAGAUAAGCAAGUGAACAUCUUUUUAUCCAUUUUAUUUUCAUUUUGAAUGACUGAAAUACUGUUGGACAGAUUUCCCCAUAAGUCAAAGUUUAGCAGAGAGAUUCUUCCUGCCACUUCACUGAAUUGUUUGUGUGCUUUGAAGGGAAUACUCUAUUCCAUGUGUGUAUUAGAUAUAAGAGACCGUCUUUGUCCAGGUAAAAUCUGUUCAUUCGCUCCAUCAAGGUCCAAGCUGUCUGAAUGUAGUCUGUCGUAUUUCCCUUGGUUUAGAUGAUUAGAGUUUCAGUUUGAUCAGCUUUUCUUAAUCGCCAGAGACAUAAAAAUGGCUACUAGAUUGCUCAGCAUUCAGGCAAAACAUAUGAAUGACAAUUAAUAAUAAAUAAUUUGGUAUAGAGACAAGACAGAGAAACUGGAAUAUUUUGUGUGUAUGAUUCAUAUGUCAGUGCUAACUCUAAUUCCUGGACCUGUAUGUACAAAACACUUUGGAUGUCUUCUCAAGUCACUUUUGCCUUACAGAUCAUUUGUAUGUGCAGUAGACUAACUUUUGGUUCUGUGCCAUUUUUCUGUCUCCACUUGUAUUUUUUUUUCACUUUGUUUGAUUUAGGUAUGUUCAUGUUCCUCAAUGCUUUCACUAGCUUUAUAUAAUUUGUUUGUAUUGCAGAAUGUGAUUGAAUGAAUGAUUAUACAGCAUACAUGAUGUGAACAAGCUAGCUGUGAAUAUGAAAAACUCAAAACUGAAAGAAUAUCCCCAUUAUUAUUAUUAUACAUCCUCCAUGGGAGAAAUGUAUGAAUGAGUAGAUGAACCACUUUUAUGUUUUUUAUAAAUUAAAACAAGGAUAUUCUAAGAAAAUAAUCCAAAAUAAGAACAUAAAUGAGGAUUUAUGGUCACAAGGUUUAAUUUUCACCAUGUACAUCAUGUAUUCUAAUCAAAGCCACAUACUCAAUAAAAACAUUUAUAAGGG